UCAGAAGAAAUGAAAGAUUGGCAAGGUCCUGCGAUAUGGAUAUAUAACGAUGCAGAAUUUUCUGCUAAAGACUUUCAGGCUUUGAUCAAACUUGGAAUUGGAGGGAAAUCUUAUGAUGACACUAAAAUUGGAAAAUUCGGAAUAGGAUUUAAUUGUGCUUUUCAUGUUACAGAUUUGCCUAGUCUUGUAAGUGGGAGAUAUAUUGCA